CCGCGCCCCUCCUCGCCGGGCCCGCCCGGCGCCCAGGAAAGUGGCUUCGCCCAGCGGAGACGGGCAGGGGCGAUUUCGGUGACCGGGGGAGACAUGGCUGAGUAUACGCGGCUGCACAACUACCUGGCGUUGAUUCGCCUCCGAAACCCGCCGGUCAACACGAUCAGUGCCGGUAUACUCCACAGUAUAAAAGAGGGACUACAAAAAGCUAAAAAAGACCAGACAGUAAAAGCUAUUGUGAUUUGUGGAAAUGAAGGCAAAUUCUCUGCAGGUGCUGAUAUCCGUACCUUCAACAGACCUAGGACCUCUGGUAUUGAGCUGGGACCUAUGGUAGAUGACAUACAGAGAAAUGAGAAGCCCGUGGUAGCAGCUAUCCAAGGCGUGGCUUUAGGAGGGGGUCUAGAGCUGGCUCUAGGCUGCCACUACAGGAUUGCCCAUGCAGAGGCUUAUUUUGCCUUCCCAGAAGUCACACUAGGAGUUCUUCCUGGGGCAAGAGGAACACAGCUUCUUCCCAGACUCAUUGGAGUUCCUGCUGCACUGGAUUUAAUAGUUUCAGGAAGAUUUAUUUUGGCAGAUGAAGCACUCAAGUUGGGUCUUCUAGAUAAAGUUGUCAACUCAGACCCGGUUGAAGAAGCAAUCAAAUUUGUUCAGAGAGUUUUAGAUCAACCUCUAGAAUCCCGUAGACUCUACAACAAGCCAAUUCCAAGCUUGCCCAACAUGGACACCAUUUUCAGUGAGGCCUUCUUGCAGGCUUAG